AUGGCGGGGCCCGCCACCCGUGCUGCCCACAUGCUUCUCCUGGCCCUCCUGCUGCUGCUGGAGCUGAGCCUGGCAGGCUCCCUGGGACCCGGGACCGCGGCUCGACACCUCCCUGAGAAUCACGUCAACCUCCCAGGCCCAGCACUGUGGACACCCCAGGUCAGCCACCACCGCCGGCGCGGCCUGGGCAAGAAGGAGCCGCGGGGUGCUGGCAUGCCUGGCCGGGCCCAGGAGGGAGCCGGAGCUGUCGGCACCUCCACCAGGCAGGCCUCCAGACUGCCAGGCGCGGGGGCGCCGCUGCCUGGACAAAGUCCUGCGGGCCUGCUGCAGGACAAGAAUCUGCUCCUGGGGUUGCCACUGCCCUACCCUGAGAAGGAGAACCGGUCUCCAGGGAAGAAACGUGGCAGGGAGCACAAGAGACGCAGGGAGAGGCUGAAACUGCACAGAGGCCGAGCCUUGGUCCGAGGUCCCAGCUCCCUGAUGAAGAAGGUGGAGUUCGAAGAGCACAUGCCGGACGCUGCAAUGGAGGAAUCUUCUACCAGCCUGGCCCCUACCGUACUGUACCUAACCACCUUUGAGGCAGCACCUGCCACGGAAGGGUCCCUGAUCCUGCCUGUCACAUCCCUGUGGCCCCAGCAGGCUCAUCCCAGGCCUGACGGGGAGGUGAUGCCCACGCUGGACAUGGCUUUGUUCGACUGGACCGAUUAUGAAGACUUAAAACCUGAGAUUUGGCCCUCCGCGAAAAAGAAAGAGAGACACCGGGGCAAACUCUCCAGUGAUGGCAAUGAAACCUCGGCAGCCGAAGGGGAGCCGUGCGACCAUCACCAAGACUGCCUGCCAGGGACCUGCUGCGGCCUGCGGGAGCACCUCUGCGUGCCCCACAACCGGGGCCUCAACAACAAAUGCUUCGAUGACUGCAUGUGUGUGGAAGGGCUGCGCUGCUACGCCAAGUUCCACCGGAACCGCAGGGUCACACGGAGGAAGGGGCGGUGCGUGGAGCCCGAGACGGCUAACGGGGACCAGGGAUCCUUCAUCAACGUCUAGUGGCC